AUGUGUGAGCAGCAGAAGCAGGUGCAGUUCCCUCCAUCCUGUGUGAAAGGUUUGGGAUUGGGGGCUGUGGACAGCACCAACAUGACCGCUACAUAUGUGAAGUGCCCAGCUCCGUGCCAGACGACCUACAUGAAAUACGCAGCUCCGUGCCCCACGCAAACCUACGUGAAAUGCGCAGCUCCGUGCCCCACGCAAACCUACGUGAAAUGCGCAGCUCCGUGCCCAACGCAAACCUACGUGAAAUGCGCAGCUCCGUGUCCACCUCAAACCUGCGUGAAGUGCCCAGCUCCGUGCCCAACGCAAACUUUAGUGAAAUGCGCAGCUCCGUGCCCACCUCAAACCUGCGUGAAGUGCCCAGCUCCGUGUCCACCUCAAACCUGCGUGAAGUGCCCAGCUCCGUGCCCAACGCAAACCUUAAUGAAAUGUGCAGCUCCUUGCCAGACGUAUGUGAAGUGCCCAGCUCCGUGCCAGACGACCUACGUGAAAUACGCAGCUCCGUAUCAGACCCCGAUGUACUACGUCCAGUACCCUUCUUCGUACCAGAGCUACUACGCUCAGGCUCCUGCAGGUGGUUCGGCAGCCCAGUGCUGUGUCCCUGAUCCGUGCUCGGCUCCCUGUUCCACCAGCUACAGCUGCGUGGCUCCCCGGACCUUUGGGGUGAGUCCCCUGAGACGCUGGGUGCAGCGGCCCCAGAACUGCAACUCGGGCUGCUGUGAAGACAGCGGCUGCGGCUGCUGCUCUGGGUGCGGCUGUUCCGAGUGUUGCUGUUUGGGAAUUAUUCCCAUGAGGUCCCGAGGCCCGGCCUGCUGUGACCGCUGCUGUGACUCUGAAGACGACUGCUGCUGUUAA